GCUCAAGCUCGUCGUUGUCGUCGUCCGUCUCUCAGCUUCUGGUCUCUCAACCUCGUCUGUCCUCACACACGGAGCACUUUCACUCUCAUCGCCAACCUUUGGAUUCUCGGAUACUGUACUCAAGAUGGGGCAAUCACCUUCUCAGUUCAUGGAAGACAUGCAGAAGCGGUCCAACUUCAAUGUUAGCGAAUUGGAACGACUAAAGAAACGAUUCAUGAAACUGGAUAGUGAUGGUUCAGGAUCAAUAGACCGAGAAGAAUUCUUGCAAAUCCCUCAGAUCGCGAACAACCCACUGGCAUCGCGACUGAUAGCAAUCUUCGACGAAGACGGCGGAGGCACCGUAGAUUUCCAGGAAUUCGUGGGAGGACUGAGUGCAUUCAGUAGCCGAGGCGGGCGAGAAGAAAAACUACGAUUCGCAUUCAAAGUAUAUGACAUGGACAGGGACGGGUUCAUAUCUAACGGGGAGCUCUUUCUCGUACUGAAGAUGAUGGUGGGCAACAACCUGAAGGACGGUCAACUGCAACAGAUCGUGGACAAGACGAUCAUGGAGGCGGACAAGGAUGGAGAUGGCAAACUCUGCUUCGAAGAGUUUGUGAUGAUGGUCUCAAAUACGGACAUUGUUAAACAAAUGACACUCGAGGAUCUCUUCUAGUACUGCUAGUGUAUCUUUGCACUACUAUAUCAUACCCCGCAACACACACCUUGCCCUGGAGCUCUUUGCCAUGCUCUUACUCCAUGUUACGCCUGUCUGACGCUCUACAGCCUGGAAUUGCUUGUACUCGUCAUACCUUCCUUAUAUCGUUGUCUGUAAUUCCGUUGUAUACGUUCUCGUACUAGUCAUUAUACCUCGCAUCUGUAUCAAUGCAUUCCCGGCGGCUCAAUACCUUCACAA